AUGGUGCCUUUCACCUUUAGCAUAUCCGAGUACCUGCUCCUGCUGGUAUGCCCAGUACUUGCCUACAAAGGCACGCAGGUUAUUUAUCGCCUAUACUUCUCUCCACUGGCCGGGUUUCCAGGUCCACGCUUGGCAGCAGCAACCAGUCUCUACGAGUUCUAUUUCGAUGUCGUGAGAGGAGGCCAGUUCAUGUUCGAGCUUGACCGUUUACACGAAAAAUACGGUCCUAUCCUCCGCAUCAAUCCUCGCGAGAUACAUAUCAGAGAUCCCAGCUUUUAUGAUACCGUCUACGGCGGGCCAUUAAAUAAAAGAGAUAAAUUGCGUUCGUUUACUCAAAGUGGAUUGCCCCUGUCAGCCUUCGAGACUGCGUCACAUGGUCUUCAUCGUGAGCGGAGGAAAUUAAUGAGCCCUUUCCUUUCAACACAAUCGGUUACAAACCUCCAGCCUCUCAUUCAGCAAAAGGUGGAUUUGAUUUGUGGUCACCUGUCCAGAAGGGUUAAUACACGGGAGUUUCUGGACUUGCACGCUAUCUUCGCUUCCUUCGCCGCAGACGUGCUGUCCACGUAUGUGUUUGGCCAAGCGAAUUGCUAUGGAUACUUGGACAGAGUAGAGGUGACAGAUGAAUGGAAGAAAUAUGUUAACAGCCUGUUUGAGGCACUGCUCCUUGUCAGGCAUGUCCCAUCCCUAUUGUAUAUAGCGCGCAGGUUUCCCACGAUUACCGCCUGGUUGUUUCCCCCCUUCUAUUGGAUUUAUCGACUCGAAGUAGGACUCAUUCAGGACGUGAAAGCUGCGUACGAAAAACCAGAACGGGACUCGAUGAUAUCGACUAUUCUCUCCAACGAGAAAGUACCUGACGUCGAAAAAGAACUCGAGCGCAUGGCGGAUGAACUGAAGUUUUUGUUGGUUGCUGGGUCUGAUGCACCGUCCCAAGUAAUGGCAAUCACUAUGUUCCAUCUCCUUUGGAAUCCAGAAACAUACCAAAAACUCAAAGACGAGUUAGAUGAGGCUUUCCCGAUCCUGUCCGAAGCUGACUGGACUAAGUUAAAAUAUCUUCCCUAUCUAUCUGCUGUGUUGAAAGAGGGUCUACGACUGUCUGCCGUUGUGACAACAAGGCUUCCGCGUAGUGCACCAGAUGAAGCUUUACAGUACGGAAAAUGGACCAUUCCACCUGGGACGGCUAUCGGCAUGUCCACCCAUUCCAUCCUACGAAGCCCCGAUAUCUAUACCGAGCCGAUGAAAUUCAUUCCAGAACGCUGGAUGGGUCCCACUGAGGAAGUCCGUGUACUGGAUAGGUACCUCGUUCCGUUUGCGAAGGGAAAUUCAAGUUGCAUGGGUCAAAGCAUGACCUACUCAUGGCUAUACGCAGUUAUAGGCACCUUGGUACGCAAGUUCCAAUUGGAGCUUCAUGAAACUGACGAGAACAAUGUUCGCAUUGUUCGAGACUGUUUCAAUGGACAGACAGUUCCGGGGCUCAAUUUGAUCAAUGUGAAAGUCACCAAAGAAUUCAACUAG